UUGGUCGGCCGGAUCGCGGUUACCCGAGCCGCCGCAAUGCCGCACGACCCGGUCACUCAGUCGCCGUGUGUAUCUGUCCUGUUUGUCUAUCAUUCUUUCUCGUCGUUGCUUUUCCAUCACCGUCUGUACGGCUCCACAUUCGAUUUUUAGCUAACCAGCUCAACUAACAGAAAACCACACUAUACAAAAAUGUAUUCCUUAGCCAAAGCCGUUGCACCAGCUGUUCGCUCCGCCAUCCUUUCCAACUCCAGGGCAACUUUUGCCAGGCCAGUCAGUAGCAUUGUGUCGAAUGGACAAUGCACACAAUUGCAACAAAACACACAACAAACUCCGAUUGUACCCAAUGGCAGUUUGCUAAAUUCAGUCAGAGGAUUCCAAACCAGUGUUGUGUCAAGAGACAUUGACUCUGCUGCCAAAUUCAUUGGUGCUGGAGCUGCCACCGUAGGAAUUGCUGGUUCAGGUGCUGGAAUUGGAGUGGUUUUUGGUUGUUUAAUGUUAGCUUAUGCACGUAAUCCGUCAUUAAAGCAACAAUUAUUUUCAUACGCAAUUCUAGGAUUUGCUUUGGCAGAAGCAAUGGGUCUUAUGUGUAUAAUGGUUACAUUUUUGAUGUUAUUUGCUUUUUAAUGUUUUCACUGGUUUGUAUUUUAUGUACUGUGUAUUUUUACAUUAAUGGUUUUUGUUAUUGCUUAUUAAUUGUAACUAUAAUAUUAAUAAUAAUAAUUUACAUUGUAACUUAAAUUAUGAUAAGGUUAAUAUAUAAUGAUUAAAAUUACAAAUUGCUUAGAGAAACUAAUUUCUUUUUUCAUUCCUUAGUAUCCUAGUUUCUAUUAUUAAUAUAUAUUUACUUUGCUUUUAUUCUUGUAAGUAUAUCCAAACCACCCUUAAUCAUAUCCUUAAUGUAUUCUAUCUUGUUUUAACAACUUGAAUGUUAUAACGAUGCAACAUUACUAUUAAUAUCAUUACAAUUACUUUUCGUUAAAUUUUUUCAAAACCCUAAAUGACAAAUUAAUAUUGUAUAAUUGGUGUAAUUUUUGCAUUGUAUAUAAUUAUAAAAAAUAUUUUACUGAAGUUCUAUUCAACAAAAACUAAUUUAUUAUUUACAAUUUUAAAUUGUAUCACAAAAUAAGUUCUGAUAAAAAAAUGAUUACUCUAUUUUCUGUAUUUGCAUUUUAUGCGUUUUAUAGCUUGUUACAUUAAAUUCUAUUUACCAAGCAGAUUGGUGUCAUUAUGCUUAUAUUUAUAGUUUUUUUAUUUACUAUUUUACUCAAAAUAGUUGUAAAUAUUAGUUUAUAAAUUUAAUAUUUAUACAUAUUGCAAAUAUCAUUGAUUUUACUUCUGAGAUAGAUGUUUGUGUUUUCACCCUCAUUGCUUGCUUUGUUAUCACAUUAUUUAAGUUUGUUGCUUGCUGCUCCUCAUAAGCAUGGUUUGGAAUUGUUUGGUUAAUGGUACAAAUGAAGAUAAGCAUACAGAAAUGUAAGUUUAAAUUUUACUUGGUCAUUGUUAAUACUUUAUGUAUAUUAUUGAUGAGGUUUUCACAAUAGUAAGUAGAAAUAAUUGUCUAAACCUUGUUAAUACGUAUGUAAAUACAGUAUGGCCCAAAGGUCGUCUCGUGUCAUUUAUUUCACAAGUAUAUAAUAGUUUAAUUAUUUAAAAAAUUGUACAUUACACAUUUUUGUUAUGUGAAACAUCUUUUUUUUUUUAAACAAGUUUCAAUUAAUUGAUAUGACAUGACAAUUUUGGGAACAUUUAAUUUAAAUAAAAUUGUUUUUUAAUGCAUUACCUUGUAAUUUAUGGUGCAUACAUGGGUUUUUAUUCAUUCUUCAUUGGAUGUUUAGGUAUUUUUUUACCUGAUGAUUCUAAUUAAUCAUGUACACUAUAAUGCUAUUGAUAAAUAUUAUGUUUUGUAAGUGUAAAUUUCGAAGUAGAACUAAUUUGUUUAUUUUACAUGUUAUCAGGUGCUGGAAUUGGAACAGUAUUCGGUUCUCUAAUCAUUGGUUACGCACGUAAUCCAUCAUUGAAACAACAGCUUUUCUCCUAUG